UACAUAUUCAGAAAUAACUUCUAGCAGACUAGAAUUAAAGCAGUCAAGUGGCUGGAAUACCGUCCAUCGGACUGUAAUAACUAUCUGUGAUCGUACUGAAACAACAAGAAUUGAUUGCCAAGAAAUCACUUGGUUUAUAGUGGCUCGUGAAAAGAAUUGGGAUAUUGGAUAUUGGAAGACAAGUACGCUGCUAGCUUUUGAAUGUAUGACGGUGUAUAACUUAUACAUAUAUGGAAAAAAUGGCGAUCACCUGUAUUACCGUGAAUGGACUAAAACGAAGCAAGGUGAUUGUCCAUCUGACAACGACCUAAAGUUGAUGCGUGGUAUGUUAAUCGGUUUAAAAGGAUUUUGUCAAAAGAUUUCACCGUUGGAUAAUGAAAUUAAUCGUUUUUCUUACGUUACUAACACAUAUCGUCUUCAUUUUUACGAAACUCCUACAUUGAUGAGAAUUGUUCUUACCACUGACAACUCGUGUGCACCUAUGAAUGAGGAACUGGAAGGGAUAUUUCAAAUAUAUACAAAAUACGUUUCACAGAAUCCACUAAUUAAAUCCGAAAUACCCAUUAAAAGCCAAAUCUUUUCCGAAAAACUUGAUCAAUAUGUUCAGAGUUUGCCUGUAUUUAACAAAUAAAUAGUUUUUAUCCAGUUGUUUUAUUUUCGCUAUUUUCAGUUUUUCAGUUUUUCGCUUAACCAAUGACUUCUUACAGAUCCUAAUAGUGUUGUUACUACAAAAAAGGGUUUAGCCACACAAUGUUUGCAGCUGUGCGUACAAAUCCAUCAGAUGGAGAAACAAUCACAACGGACACAUUAAAUGCUCCUGUUUCCACAUGUAUAACAAAUGUUAUCCCGAAUUCUAUCAUCGCAAGUGGAGUUGGUGAAGAGGACAGCUAUUUAACAUGGCAUCUAAUGGGUGAAUAUACUGGUCCAGUUGAAUCUGUUUUACCUCGAGAAUUUAGGCAAAGACUUCAUAAACAUUUUGCUAGAAUUGAACGUGAAUUCGAACGGGAGUAUAGAAGGUUAUAUAGCGAAAACUUGGCAUUACAAGAACGUUUAGAGAAAUUCGAAGAUGGUGAUCAUUCAGAAACAACAUUAGUAAAAAAAUUGGGGGCAAGUAUGUUGUCACAGCGUAUUAAGCAACAAUAUAAACAGUCCACAUCUCGUCUAGUUUCAAGUCUUCGUCAAUCCACUAGUCAUUCCUCCAGUAAUAUAGGUCAAGGAUACACGUAUUCAGUUACCCAACCAGGGGUUACAGCUACGACUUGCGUUGGUGUAACUUCAAACAGUCUUUCUGCUACAGUCAUUAGUCCGUUAAAUUAUUCAGGGAAUUUUGCUUUGCCUAGUGGUGGUAGUAGCACAACUGGACAUGGGACGGCCAUUUUUGCUGGAAACUUCUCAGGACACAAUGGAAAUUUUCAGUUAAUGAAUCGAGUGUCUGGGCAUCGAGAUGGAAUAUGGGAAGUUACUUCAUUCAGGAGGUUUAUUGCAACUGCGUCCGCUGACAAUACUGCUCGUCUUUGGAUUAACGAUGCUCAGUUGAAUUGUUUAUUGGUUUAUAUGGGCCAUUCUGGUUCAGUCAAUUCUGUUCGAUUUCGAAGUAAAGAUAAUUUAAUGUUAACUUCUAGUGGAGAUGGAACUGCUCACCUCAUUCGUUUACCAUUUGAUUUAAUAAUGAAAGCUGCAGCUUCACUUACAAGUGGAAACACAUCAGGAACUACAUUAGAUGCUGUUGCAUCGGCUCUUGCUGCAGAAGCUGCUGGAACAAGCCCUAUGGGUUUAGGAAUGAAUACAACUUCAGGAGCUGCUAUCAAAUCAGGGAUUGAUCCGGGCAGUUUGUAUAACUCAGAUGAAACAAUGAAUUUGUUGGCUGGUCCUGGAGAAGAAGGUUCUCCAGUUCGUAUUGCAGCUGUUCCACCUGUCGGUGUUCGACAUCCCCAUGCAAUAUUUCAGUCUGCAAACUUAUGUUUAUCAUCACCUGGUACAGUAUGGAAUUCUACUGGUGCUUUAGGAUGCAAUGUCAUCGACUCAUCACCUUUAUCUGCUGCUGAUUUUGUUUACGGACGGGAACAAUUAGUGACUGCAUCGUGGGAUCGUUUAGGUAGGACGUAUGAUCUUUCAACUGGACAAGAGCUAGAAUCACUUACAGGACACGAUGAUCAUUUGACAGAUGUACGUUGUGAACCAGGUGGAUCUCCUGUUGUUGUCACUUCUUCAAGAGAUUGUACAUUUCGUUUGUGGGAUUUUCGUCAGCCAGGAAUGCGGGUCCAUGUACAACAGGCUCACAGUCAGACAGUUUCAACCACACAGUUUUUAGCACCUGGUUCUCCUGAACGUCUCAUAAGUGCUGGUGCUGAUAGAUGUUGUCGUAUUUGGGACUUGAGACAAAGCCGUGGUCCAGUUGUUAGCAUUAGAACUGAUGCAGCAAUCAACCGUUUGGGUUUGUCUAGUUAUCAGCCAGCAGAAAUAGUUAAUCCUACUUCAACUGCAAUCGGAUCAUCGUCCAGUGAAGCUCCAUCUCAAGCUACCCAACAUGGGUCUGUGUUAGGUACGUCAGUUCAUAGUGCUUGUCCUUCCAGUUACCCCAAGUAUAUUGCUCUACCUCUGGUCAAUCGAGGAAUAAAGCUACUUGAUAUAAACGGCAACAGAAUUGGUCGGUUAACUAGAUCAUCACACGGUCAUUCUCGUAUGGUAACUUGCGUUUCAUGGGCUAAUGAAGGUGUUCACAAUCUCUUUUCAACUGGUUUUGAUGGUCUCUUAUUGGCUUGGCAAAUUCACAUUGGAAAUGUUUAGGACAUAAAUCCUUAAUAUCUGUGAUUUUUACUGCAAUAAUUCGUUAAUUUUAAUAUUAUGGCGGUUUCCUUUUCUCGUGAUGUGACAUAAUCUGUGUAUGGCUAUACUUUUUACAUUUUGUAAAUACACUUAACACAUAUAUUAUGAUACUAACUACGUGUUUACUUAUGUUUUUAUAUUAAAACUGAUUGAUUUUCAUUCUUAAUUUCUUCUUUGUAUGAUUUACUUUCCCACUAUCUGCUUUGUUAUUAGUUAACCAAAAUAUUUUUGUUAGUAAUGAUCAAGUCAGUUUACUAAUGUCGUCUUCAAUGACCAUCCUAUUAUUAUUACCACUACUGUUACUAUUACUCUUUCUACAAUAUACAUUAUCGUUACUUAUCUCCGAACAGUUUAGCUUUUUACAUAUUGUUUAUAAAAGUGUAAAUAUGUAUUUAUGAAAUGUCCUGUUAUUUAAAAAGACUGUUUUCAAUAUAAAUAGAUCUGUAAUAUAUAUAUAUAUAUAUAUAUAUAUAUAUA